UUGGGGAAUCAGGGAAGUGAGCGGAGAUGGGCAUCAGAUUUGUGGCGGCGAUGACGAUGAUUGUGGUGGCGGCGGCGGCGACGGGAUCGGCGGCGCAGUCGACGCCGGAGUGCGCGUCGAAGCUGGUGGGCUGUGCGCAAUACUUGAACUCGACGACGCCGCCGGAUACGUGCUGCGGGCCGCUGAAGCAGGAGGCGAAGGACGACCUGCCCUGCCUCUGCGCCCUCUUCAACAACACCGCUGUCCUCAAGGCCUUCAAUGUCAACAUCACCCAGGCCCUACAGAUGGCCAAGCGCUGCGGCGUCAACGCUGACCAGAGCACCUGCGCCACUGUCACAGCCUCACCCAGCGGUACAGCUACACCUCCGUCGUCCUCUACGAACAACACUAGUUCUCCCGCAGGCAAAAGUGACAACUCUGCUCAUGGGGUGGCUUCAAUUGGAUUGCCUGGUUUAGUGAGCUUACUGUUAUGCUGGUGGUCACUCAUUGCAUAGGAGUGACCUUCGAGCAGCUAGAAAAAUGAUGAUUGAUGAGGGAACCAAUUGCACGAUCUGCAGAACCGUAAUCUUUUAUUUUUUAGUUUUUCAAGUUUGAAUAUUUUAGCUGAAGGGAUGUGUGGGUUCCUAUGCAGAACAAUUAAGUACCUCGCGGUUAAAUUGCAUUUGUGGAUUUUGAGCCAAUAUCAUGUUUCUUAUUUAUGCCAAUGUUCUGACUCACCUAUUAUCAUGAAUCUUAAGUAUGCAUUGUUAAAUGCUUGCUUGCUUUUAA